GUCAAGGGUGUCCACAUCCUCUUCUCCGCGGCUGAUCCAGCACCGUCCGUGACAGCGGCUCCUGACUCAACCCGGGGCGGGUUUCAUCCCACGACCUGCCGGAGCCCGGACGCCCACAACUGCCGCAGAACGCGGAGGCGCGCUUCCUCACCCACCAGCUCGCAGCCCCGGCCCCUGAGCACCCGCAGCCGCCGGGGGACCCCGCUGGCCCCUCCGAGCUGAUGCUGAGAGGGACCGUGGGCCCGGGGCGGCGGCGGAGUGCGGGCCUCUGGCUUCUUAGGCCCAUCGCGGGCGGUGCCGGUUCUUACGCGCCCCAGGCUUGCCAACUCCCGCCAGGGCUUGGAUGGGCCCCCCUGCCCGAUAAAUGUGGCUACUGAGGCGGCGGUGGCGGUGGUCGGUCCCGCUGCUGCUGCUGCGCUCCAAGUUCACCUCCGCCCCGGGGCUCUCCUGGCCCACCUCGGGGCCGUGGCCGCCCGCUCCUUCCCCCCUGGGCCGGGCCUUGCAGCGUGGCGACAAUGGACAAGAUCCUGGAGGGCCUGGUGAGUUCUUCGCACCCGCUGCCCCUCAAGCGGGUGAUCGUGCGGAAGGUAGUGGAGUCGGCGGAGCAUUGGCUGGACGAGGCGCAGUGCGAGGCCAUGUUUGCCCUGACGACGCGGCUCAUCCUGGAGGGCCAGGACCCCUUUCAGCGGCAGGUGGGCCACCAAGUGCUGGAGGCCUACGCGCGCUACCACCGGCCAGAGUUCGAGUCCUUCUUCAACAAGACAUUCGUGCUGGGCCUCCUCCAGCAGGGCUACCACUCGCUGGACAGGAAGGACGUAGCCAUCCUGGACUACAUUCACAACGGCCUGAAGCUGAUCAUGAGCUGCCCGUCGGUGCUGGACCUCUUCAGUCUGCUGCAGGUGGAGGUGCUGCGGAUGGUGUGUGAGAGGCCGGAGCCGCAUCUUUGCGCCCGACUGAGCGACCUCCUGACUGACUUCGUGCAGUGCAUCCCCAAGGGGAAAUUGUCCAUCACCUUCUGCCAACAGCUGGUUCGAACGAUAGGCCAGUUCCAGUGCGUGUCCACCCAGGAGAAAGAGCUGCGGGAAUAUGUCUCGCAGGUGACAAAAGUGAGUAACUUGCUCCAGAACAUCUGGAAGGCCGAGCCCUCCACCUUGCUGCCUUCCCUGCAAGAAGUUUUUGCAAGCAUUUCUUCCACAGAUGCAUCCUUUGAACCUUCUGUGGCAUUGGCAAGCCUUGUGCAGCACAUUCCUCUUCAGAUGAUCACAGUUCUCAUCAGGAGCCUUACUACAGAUCCAAAUGUAAAAGAUGCAAGUAUGACCCAAGCUCUUUGCAGAAUGAUUGACUGGCUGUCCUGGCCGUUGGCUCAGCAUGUAGACACAUGGGUGAUUGCACUCCUGAAAGGACUGGCAGCUGUCCAGAAGUUUACUAUUUUGAUAGAUGUUACUUUACUGAAGAUAGAACUGGUUUUUAAUCGGCUUUGGUUUCCUCUUGUGAGACCCGGUGCUCUCACAGUUCUUUCUCACAUGCUGCUUAGUUUUCAGCAUUCUCCAGAGGCGUUCCAUUUGAUUGUUCCUCAUGUAGUUAAUUUGGUUCACUCCUUCAAAAGUGAUGGUCUGCCUUCCAGUACAACCUUCCUAGUGCAAUUAACAGAACUGAUACACUGUAUGAUGUAUCAUUAUUCUGGAUUUCCAGAUCUCUACGAACCUAUCCUGGAAGCAAUAAAGGAUUUUCCUAAGCCCAGUGAAGAGAAGAUUAAACUGAUUCUCAGUCAAAGUGCCUGGACUUCUCAAUCCAAUUCUUUGGCAUCUUGCUUGUCUAGACUUUCUGGAAAAUCUGAAACUGGGAAAACUGGUCUUAUUAAUCUAGGGAAUACAUGUUAUAUGAACAGUGUUAUACAAGCAUUGUUUAUGGCCACAGAUUUCAGGAGACAAGUAUUAUCUUUAAAUCUAAAUGGGUGCAAUUCAUUAAUGAAAAAAUUACAGCAUCUUUUUGCCUUUUUGGCUCAUACACAGAGAGAAGCAUAUGCACCUCGGAUAUUCUUUGAGGCUUCCAGACCUCCAUGGUUUACCCCCAGAUCACAACAAGACUGUUCUGAAUACCUCAGGUUUCUACUAGACAGGCUCCAUGAAGAAGAAAAGAUCUUGAAAGUUCAGUCCUCACACAAGCUUUCUGAAAGUCUGGGGUGCAGUGAAACUUCUUUACAAGAAGUAGCCAAUAAGGCAGCUGUACUAACAGAGACCCCUUGCACAAGUGAUAGUGAGAAGACAUUAAUCGAAAAAAUGUUUGGAGGAAAACUACAAACUCACAUAUGUUGUUUGAACUGCAGGAGUACCUCACAAAAAGUGGAAGCCUUUACAGAUCUUUCACUUGCCUUUUGUCCUUCCUCUUCUAUGGAAAACUUGUCUUUUCAAGAUCCAGCAUCAUCACCCAGUACACAAGAUGGUGGUCUAAUGCAGGCUACUGUACCUGGUCCUUCAAAAGAACCACGAGUCUGUAAUCCCUCAACAGCUGCCUUUGCCUGUUACUCAGCUGUGAAUGAAAGAAUGGUGGACACUCCUGAUGAGUUUCGUUGUAGUGAAGACACUUCUGUCCCUAAUGACUCUAGCAAGAUGCUUGUUAAUAAAGAUGUACCUCAGAAACUAGGAGGUGAAACCACAUCUUCAGUAACUGACUUACUAAAUUAUUUUUUGGCUCCAGAGAUUCUUACUGGUGACAACCAAUAUUAUUGUGAAAACUGUGCCUCUCUGCAGAAUGCCGAGAAAACUAUGCAAAUCACGGAGGAACCUGAAUACCUUAUUCUUACUCUCCUAAGAUUUUCAUAUGAUCAGAAGUAUCAUGUGAGAAGAAAAAUCCUAGACAAUGUGUCACUGCCACUGGUUUUGGAGUUGCCAGUUAAAAGAACUACUUCUUUCUCUUCGUUGUCAGAAAGUUGGUCUCUAGAUGUUGACUUCACUGAUAUUAGUGAGAAUCUAGCUAAAAAAUUAAAGCCUUCUGGGACUGAAGAAUCUUGCUCCCCAAAAUUGGUGCCCUAUCUAUUGAGUUCUGUUGUCGUUCACUCUGGUGUAUCCUCUGAAAGCGGGCAUUACUAUUCUUAUGCCAGAAACAUCACAGGUACAGAGUCCUCAUACCAGAUGUGCCACCAGCCCGAAACUCUGGCAUUAGCCUCCUCCCAGAGUCAUUUACUAGGGAGAGAUAGUCCCAGUGCAGUUAUUGAACAGGAUUUGGAAAAUAAGGAAAUGUCAAAAGAAUGGUUUUUAUUUAAUGACAGCAGAGUGACGUUUACUUCAUUUCAGUCAGUCCAGAAAAUUACGAGUAGGUUUCCCAAGGACACAGCUUAUGUGCUGUUGUAUAAAAAACAGAAUAGCACUAAUGGUUUAAGUGGGAAUAAUUCAACCACUGGACUCUGGGUAAAUGGAGAUCCACCUCUACAGAAAGAACUAAUGGAUGCUAUAACAAAAGACAAUAAACUAUAUUUACAGGAACAAGAGUUGAAUGCUCGAGCCCGGGCCCUACAAGCUGCAUCUGCAUCCUGUUCAUUUCGGCCCAAUGGAUUUGAUGACAAUGAUCCACCAGGAAGCUGUGGACCAACUGGUGGUGGGGGUGGAGGAGGGUUUAAUACAGUUGGCAGACUCGUAUUUUGAUGCUGAGAGAGUCCAAAAUGCACUGGUCACAAAACAUCCAAUACUAUGACUGUUUAAAUGUCAGACUGUAACAAAUAUCUAUCUUUUAUUUUUCUUUUCAUUAGACCGUUAUACAAGAAAACACACUCAGUGCUUGUUUUUGUUUUCUUGACAAUACAUUUAUUAACAAAAUGCAUCAUUGGGAAAAAAUCUACCUCUUAAAAUUCCAUUUUCUUUUAUGGUUAGACAUGCUUGACCAAAAAUUUUCAGAGGCAAAUAUGUACCUGGUCCCUAAUUAAGCUGCAUUAAAUUUAGUAGAGGCAAUUAAAUGGUCCUGUCCUCAGUUUUACUGAACAAAAAAUAGAUUUCAUUUAGCAUCCUUUAUAAAAGAAUUGGUGUUAGAGGUGAAGGAAAUAUUGUUAGUAAGGAAAGAAAGAAAAUCUUUUAUUUCCUGUGUAGUUACCCCAUUAUUAAAUUCAAGUCUUUGAGAAUACUAGAGAUGAUAUAGUCUCUCAUGAAGGCAAUAACAUAAACUUUAUCGAGCUGUAGUACUUUUCAGGUUUGUUCAGUGCUGUCUUCAGCAUCACUGUAUCUACAUUUCAAGUACAAAUGUUUUAAAAAAGGAUUAUUUAUACAUAUGUGCUGAAUUGAUUUUAAGAAAGGUGCAUGAUCCUGUAGGAGCCACAUUUUUACCUAAAAAUUGCUAACUUUGUAGUGUUUCUAAUUGUUUGAGGAUUUUAAAAAUUCUAUUUCAGGGAGUAUAUUCUUCUGUGUGUUUUGAAGGAGGUGAGUUCUGUAUGUGCCUUGCAGUACUGUAAUUCAAAAAUAGGAAUCUUUGGCUGCGGAAAAGUUUUUUACAAAUGAAAUGUUAGGAAGUAAUUUUUUGUGCUAACAUUAAAAUUAUAACUUUUUGAAAGGUAUUAGAUUUUCCUGAAGUAAAAUCUGAUGGUUCUAAAUCAAUAAGUGUAAUAGUUUGUUUUUAACUCUUAGAAGAAUUCAGAGGAAAUCAACCUAGUCAAGUGAAAAAAUUUUUUCGAUUUUGUUACUUAAUCCUCAGAAUAUUAAACAUUGAUCACAUAUUU